CGUUUAUGUGGAGCAGCGAAAUUGUAGCAGAGUGAGACCUCUCUUCUCCUCAACACAGCAGUUAGCUUUCGGUUACGACACUCAACUGCGUUUGGUUCACGCUCGCUUCACUUUUAGUCACUUCUGCAAGAGAAACCGAUAUGUUUGCCGUCAGGAACGCUCUCCGCCGCGGCUCCAGACUCUCAAUCUCCGCAGUGGCGAGGAGAGGAUGCGCUGGAGGAGCUGGCGUCCCCGUGGACGACGUGGUGAACGGACUCACCGACGACCAGAUACAGCUCAGACAUACGGUUCAAAGGUUCUUCGCAGAAAAGCUCGCACCGUAUGCCGAUGACAUCGACAAGACCAAUGAAUUUCCAGGAAUGCGGAAUUUUUGGAAAGAGUUGGGGGACAUGGGGCUCCUCGGGAUCACUGCUCCAGUGGAAUAUGGCGGCACAGGAUUGGGAUACUUGGAUCACGUCAUUGUGAUGGAGGAAAUGUCCCGAGUGUCGGCAGCCAUCGCUCUCAGUUACGGUGCCCACUCUAAUCUUUGUGUCAACCAGAUGGUGCGCCACGCCAGUGAGAAGCAGAAGGAGAAGUACAUGUCAAAGUUAAUGACGGGAGAGCACGUCGGCGCUCUGGCCAUGAGUGAACCCAACGCUGGCUCAGAUGUUGUAUCCAUGAAACUCAAAGCCAAGAAGAAAGGCGAUUACUACGUUCUUAACGGCAACAAGUUCUGGAUCACAAAUGGGCCGGAUGCGGACGUCCUCAUCGUGUAUGCUAAAACGGAUCCGGAUGCACAUCAAAGAGGCAUCACGGCUUUCAUAGUAGAAAAGGGAAUGCCAGGAUUCUCUACGGCACAGAAGCUUGACAAACUCGGCAUGAGAGGAUCCAACACCUGCGAGUUGGUCUUUGAAGACUGUAAAAUCCCAGAGGAAAACGUUCUUGGUCCACUGAACAAAGGCGUUUAUGUGAUGAUGAGUGGAUUAGAUCUGGAGAGGCUGGUGCUCUCAUCUGGACCUAUUGGCAUCAUGCAGGCAGUUCUGGACUUUGCUAUUCCCUACCUUCACGUCAGAGAAGCUUUUGGACAGAAGAUCGGUCACUUUCAGCUGAUGCAGGGCAAGAUGGCCGACAUGUACACCAGACUGAGCUCCUGUCGCCAGUAUGCGUACAACGUUGCCCGGGCUUGUGACAAAGGACAUUUCAGUGCAAAGGAUUGUGCCGGAGUCAUCUUAUAUUGUGCUGAGAACGCCACUCAGGUUGCUUUGGAUGGUAUUCAGUGUUUGGGCGGGAACGGUUACAUUAACGACUACCCCAUGGGGCGGUUUCUGCGGGACGCGAAGCUGUACGAAAUCGGCGCGGGCACGAGCGAGAUCCGCCGGCUCAUCAUCGGACGGUCGUUCAACGCCAUGUUCAAAUGAGCCGAGCAGAAAAGAGGCGAUCGCUGAGCGAUAUUUGAGUGUCUAUCACCGUGGCUGUUACUCGCACUCUGGAUUAUACUGGAUGAUGAUGAUGAUGAUGAGUUGGCUUGACCUGGGAUUAUGAUUCAGAGUUGAAAUCACAGAGUUGACAGCGAUGUUACUGCAACAGACUAAACUGAAUGAAAUUGUCUUUGACUGUGUGAAGUGGUCUUUAUGUCAUUACAGAUUUUCCUGUUUUGUGAUGAGAAUUAAUUUGUAAGACUUAAACCGUG